AUGCAUGAUGCUGGGCUGGUAGCACAGUUCAAGAGCGCUGCUCGACUUGAUGCGGAUUACUACCGGAUGAUAGACAAGCAGCAAAGGACAUACUUUGCGUUUGGAUCCAGCACGGCAAAGGAGAGGCCAGAGAUCGAUCGCAACGAUCUUCGCCGCAUCCUGCUCGACAGUUUACCUGUGGGAAGUGUGAGAUGGGGUCAGAGACCCCAGAGGAUCGAUCCUGGGGGCACCCUGGUGUUUCGUGAGCACACCGAGAAAGGCUACGACCUUGUUGUCGGCUGUGAAGGCACAUGGAGCAAGACUCGGGACUACGUGACCGACGUUAAACCACAUUUUGCCGGUGUCGAGUACACAAAGCUGACUAUACGGGAUGCGGGGAACACUGCUUCAGACCUCGUCAAGCUUGUCAACAACGGGAACCUCUUUGCGCACAGCGAGGGUCAGUUUCUGUCAGCACAGCAGCUCGGAGACGACAGCCUCUACAUUGGCCGGAGCACUACCACAUCUCAAGACCGAUCACAAAGGAAGGAGGACGAGAUCCGAGAUCCGGUGGCAAGGAAGAGAGCCAUUCUGGACGAGAUGCAGGGCUGGUCGGCCCAGCUUCAGCGAUCGAUUGAGAAAGCCGAGGUCGAAGGUGAGCCAAAGGACUUGUACGUGCUGCCACCCGAUCAUCGAUGGACACAUGUCCGCGGCGUCACAUUGAUUGGUGAUGCAGCGCACGUCAUGACGCCCUUUGCCGGCGAGGGCGUCAACACGGCGCUGGAUGAUGCACGGCGGCUUGCUGCGGUCAUUAUCGGAGCUGUGGGGUCUGGCGGGGUGCCAGGUCUCAGUGGGUAUGAUGAUUCUCCCGGUUGGGUUCGAAGCCGGACUCGAGGUCUAUCAGCCGAAUGUCCGGACACACCCAUCCAUCGUCCCUUGCCCCGAGCCACUUCUUAA